UGUGAAGAAGAAUUAACCUACAGGGGCUAGCUGAAGUAGAAGGGGACCAACUUGGGAAGAAAGAAGAAAACAAGGAGGGCUAAACAAGAAGAAUGCAGAUCUGAUCGAGAGGGGAAAAAUCCCUAGCCAUCUUCUUCGAUCCCCUUGGGCCUGGCUACAUCCCAUCUCUCUCCCUCUCCCCUUCUUCUCCACCAUCGGCCGCCGCCACGGCCAGGCCGCCGUGGUGGUGAGCCAUUCACCCAGCGCCACCAUCUCCUUCUCCUCCCCGAAGCCAUCCAUCUCCACCGUCCGCGCCAAGCACCACCAGCACCACUCCAUCUCCACCGCGCCUUCACCAUCACCUCGCGCGCCCUACCAGACGCGGUGGUCUGGUGCCUCGCGCGACCUCUCCCUCCAGCCUGCGCGCCUCUCCCUGCUGUUUCCCAACUUCUUCUUCCCUUUGCUGCUCCUCCACCUUUCCUCGUCCCCCAAACUGUUUGCUGCUUCUCCUUCUAUGAACCCUUGCUGCUACUCCUUCCUCUCACGCCCCCCCUGCUGUUGCUCUUCUUGCGCCGAUCUGAAGUUGCUCCUUCUCUGAACUUACUGCUGCUCUCUACCUAAUCUCCCCAUGCCUCUGUUGUUCUUCUUGCCCAAACCAUGCUGUUACUCCUUAUCUGAACCUACUGUUGCUACUGCGCUCUGCUGCUUCUUCUCCUACGUUACUGCUGCUGCACCUUUAUCUUACCCUACUGCUGCUCUACUUCUCUCAUCGCCAACUGCUGCUCUCCUUCUCAACCCCCCUGCCGCCUCUGUUUCUUCUUGAACCUGAACUCUCUCUCUCUCUCUGAAUUUUCUGUAAGCUGAGAUGUAAAACUUUGUAAUGUUCAGAUUCUAAGAGCACUUGCAAUCUGAUAUAUGUUUAGUAGGUACUUGUCAUUUUCUAUUAAUUAAUAUUCUGCUAGUGUAUGUGUGUGAUCUCCUUUGUGUUCAUUUCUUGACUUGUGCUUGUUUAGUUCGAAUCAUUUUGUUGAUCUGUGAGCACUUCUUGUAACCCCCUGGUCGUAUACAUGUGUGGUUAUGUGUAUAUUGUAGUCCCUGUGCUAACUAUGUGCAUGUGAAACUAUAUAUGUAUGUGGUGUGAAACUUAUAUUUCCCAGUACCAUACUACUUGUGCAUGUUCAGCACUAUGAUACAUCUUUUAUUUCUAGUUCAUAUAUUCCUCCUAUGUACUUGUGAUAUGUACGUGCUUUUGAUGUGAAUCACUUCUGUCCUUGUCCCAUUAUCUUUGUUCUGUGUUUUUCUUCUUUUAUAUAACUACUAGUUAUAUUUGUGAUCAUAUAUUAGUACUUCCUUUUUGUCGAUGUUGAUGUUCUGUGUGUUUAUUUUAGUUUCUCAAGUAAUAUGAAAAUACCAAAAAGACAGAGAGUAUAAUCUGAACCUUCCUUUGCUUCUUUUCAUUUUCUUUUGUCGAUGAUUUUUCCCGAAUGAUCUUAGUUAGUCUAGAUUUAAUAUUCUGCUUUCAUCACCCAAUAUUGUGUUACCUAGAUUUAGCCGAGCGUUGUUGCCGUCGCCUAGUUCCUGUGGAGAACACGACAUCCAUAGUUUGGGCAUAAAAAACCCUGCUAUAUUACAAUUGAUCAUUUUGGCGCCGUUGCCGGGGACUAGCGUCGAGUGACCGUGUUAGGCUAUAGACUAGGUUUAUUUUAGUUCCAUGUUUAAUUCGUCGUGUAUUUCAUUUUCUGUGUUUCUUUUAUAUAUAUAAUUUUUUCCUUGUUGUUGCUUCGGCUUAUUAGGAUACUAACCUUCUGACUAGUGUUUACUGUUUAUGAAUGUGUGUAGGGAAUCAUAAAUCUUUGCAGGUUGUUCUAUAGUUACACUUGGUUAAGAUAUGGCAUUGCUUCGUGAUCUUUGGAUGCCAAGUAGUCAAUGUUAUAUCACAGGACCGGUUUGGCCAACUAUUGAGGUAGAGAAUUUUGAGCUGAAGCCUGGUCUUAUUGCUUUGGUUCAACAACAACAGUUUGGAGGACUGCCUACUGAGGAUCCCUAUGAGCACUUACACCGAGUCAUGGAGUAUUCAGAUACAGUCAAGUACCAUGGAGUUCCUCAAGAUGCAAUCAUGUGGAGGCUGUUCACAUUCUCCCUCCGCGAUGAUGCUCGUGCUUGGUAUCGAUCCUUGCCAUCAAGGUCAUACAGUUGGAAUGAGAUAUCGCGAGCUUUCUUGGAUAAAUAUUUCCCACUACACAAGCAGUCCGCAAUUCGAGAUGAGAUCUUCAAUUUCGUUCAGCGUGAAGGCGAGAGCUUGUAUGAUGCUUGGGAGAGAUACAAAGCCUUAUCAGGAGAUGUCCUAAUCAUGGGCUCGAGAGAUGGUUAGAGUUGCAGAUAUUCUAUAGAGGAUUGACUUCGAACACUCGAGCUUAUGUCGAUAUGGCAGCAGGUGGAGCUAUUACAAACAAGACACUUGAUGAAGCUUUUCUGCUGAUUGAGAGCAUAGCUUUCCACCAACUUCAGUGGUACAAUAAGAAGCCCACAUCUGAUUCAUUGGUUUGCUUGCAACAAAUCACUACACCUCAACCACCAAUUCUUAGACAAAAGCUCGAGCCUCUAUCUCAGUGUGACAAGGUUGAGCUUGCAUGGAUUAUAUUUGACGAUAAUGACACCAUUCUAGUUGACACACACGCUACAGAUCAUCUGGAUACUAGUGUUGGAGAUUCAGUUUUGCAUUGUAAUGAUUCUUCCAUGGAUGAGCCAGAGCUGCAGUUCGUUGCUUUUGAUAUUGAGGAGUCACCUUUAGUUGAUAUUGAUCAUGUGCUGCUAGAGCCAGAUAUGGAGAAGUUCGCCUUUGAUGAUGUUAGCCGCAUUGAUUCUUCAACACUUGAGCCUGAGAUGGAGAGCUUCAUGGUUGAUUAUGGUGAGGUGGAUUCAGAUGUCAAGGAGUCAAGCUCUAUUUCACUUGUUGACACGAGUCCGGUGGAAAUUUCUACUACCACACCUCACUUGGUAUCUUCAAUUGAGGUAGUCCUGAAGCUUCUUCCCAAGUAUCUCAGGUUUAUGCUUGUGCACCAUUCAUGGCGGGCUGACCAAGUUCGAGAUGACAUCCCAUGGGAUCCUGGUGGAUUCACGGCAUGGUGAAGAGGAGAAGCAAGGGGGCACACACGAAGAAGAGUGAAGCUGGAGCAUCCAUGAGGAAGCAAAGGAGAAGAGGAGCAGCUUAGAGAUGAUCGAGCGAGUGCUACACCAUCAAAACCCGGUGAGCUGUUUCAUGACCCAAUCUGAAUACCAUCAUACAUUAUACAUGCUGUAAUCAACUGUUAUUUGAGUUGCUUGAGUCAUUUCUUAAAUACCGUCCCACUGAAUUUUACCUUCGACAUAGGGCGAUUGAUGUGAAUAUGUGAACUGAGUGUUGAAUGCCUUGUAAACUAGUGAUCUAUACAAUGCUUGCUUUGCUGAAAGUAGUGGAAGUUAUUAGUUUUGAGUGCUCAAAUCCCUAGUACACUAGAAAACUUAAUCAUUUUCUGCUUUUACCUCGAUACACCUAGAUCACCACGUUUAGAUGCUGUAUUUGUGCCAAGUGUCUUCCCAUUGAGAGCAAUCACCUAACCACUAUGGAUUAGCAUGCUAUGUUCCCUGGAUCGGUAGCAUGUGAACCAGACAUGGAGAAGUGAUGAUUCCUAUUUUUGUGCUUAAGCGUUGUUCAUUUAAGAUAAGUAAUAAUGAAUAAAUUAGUCUGACUACCUACAGUAGCAUGUCAUGUUCCCGGGAUCGGUGGCAUGUGAAAUCGGGUUAGCUUGGGCAGUAAUUAAUAAUAAUAAAAAAUGUAAUUGUUGAACCAGGUGUAUACCAUGGUGGUAUGUUCCUUUGGGGAGACAAACAAAAAAAACUAUAUAAUUGGUCGAGCCGGGUGUAUACCAUGUUCUCGGGAUCGGUGGUAUGUUCCUUUGGUGAGAUCAAUAAAAUAUUAUCAUUACUUCCUUCAAAUUCAAUUAGUGGUUCAACCACGAAGUUAUAUUUCUGCAAAUAAGAGAUUUAAUUCCAGUUCUUUUUUGUUCUCGGGAUCAUGCUCUCUUUAGGAACCUUUUGGCACAAUCAGCAUUUGAAUUUUUUGAUCCAUUUUUAUCAUUGUAAAAGUUUAAAAUGGUCAAGUCUACUAGUAUCCUACUGCUUUGAAGCACUCCUGACCAUUGAUUUUCACUAGCAAGGUUCAAAGCAUGCUUUGUUUGGAGAUCUACUUCACUUGGCAUUCUCUAGUCUGCUCACUGUUCACAAUCUUGCUCUUGUCAUAUCUCUUUGCUUGAGGACAAGCAAAGAUUUAAGUGUGGGGGGACUUGAUAGAGCAUUUCCUCAUAUAAUAUUUUUAGCCUUUUUGCAUCAAAUUGUAAUCAUAUUUUCACAUUAUUUACUCGAAAGAUAUUCAAAUACUCAUAUUAUGUCACAUUUACAACACUACUCCAUCUUUUGCAGAAAAGGGCGAUAAGGCCCAAAUCCUUCUAUAUUGGAGUGUCUAAGAGGUUGCGGUUGCUGCAUUUUGCAGAGGGACUCGAGUGUGAAGAAGAAUUAACCUACAGGGGCUAGCUGAAGUAGAACGGGACCAACUUGGGAAGAAAGAAGAAAACAAGGAGGGCUAAACAAGAAGAAUGCAGAUCUGAUCGAGAGGGGAAAAAUCCCUAGCCAUCUUCUUCGAUUCCCUUGGGCCUGGCUACAUCUCAUCUCUCUCCCUCUCCCCUUCUUCUCCACCAUCGGCCGCCGCCACGGCCAGGCCGGCGUGGUGGUGAGCCAUUCACCCAACGCCACAAUCUCCUUCUCCUCCCCGAAGCCAUCCAUCUCCACCGUCCGCGCCAAGCACCACCAGCACCACUCCAUCUCCACCACGCCUUCACCAUCACCUCGCGCGCCCUACCAGACGCGGUGGUUUGGUGCCUCGCACGACCUCUCCCUCCAUCCUGCGCGCCUCUCCCUGUUGUUUCCCAACUUCUUCGUCCCUUUGCUGCUCCUCCACCUUUCCUCGUCCCCCAAACUGUUUGCUGCUUCUCCUUCUAUGAACCCUUGCUGCUACUCCUUCCUCUCACGUCCCCCUGCUGUUGCUCUUCUUGCGCCGAUCUGAAGCUGCUCCUUCUCUGAACUUACUGCUGCUCUCUGCCUAAUCUCCCAUGCAUCUGUUGUUCUUCUUGCCCAAACCAUGCUGUUACUCCUUAUCUGAACCUAUUGUUGCUACUGCGCUCUGCUGCUUCUUCUCCUAGGUUACUGCUGCUGCACCUUUAUCUUACCCUACUGCUGCUCUACUUCUCUCAUCGCCAACUGCUGCUCUCCUUCUCAAUCCCCCUGCUGCCUCUGUUUCUUCUUGAACCUGAACUCUCUCUCUCUCUGAAUUUUCUGUAAGCUGAGAUGUAAAACUUUGUAAUGUUCAGAUUCUAAGAGCACUUGCAAUAUGAUAUAUGUUUAGUAGGUACUUGUCAUUUUCUGUUAAUUAAUAUUCUGCUAGUGUAUGUGUGUGAUCUCCUUUGUGUUCAUUUCUUGACUUGUGCUUGUUUAGUUCGAAUCAUUUUGUUGAUCUGUGAGCACUUCUUGUAACCCCCUGGUCGUAUACAUGUGUGGUUAUGUGUAUUAGUCCCUGUGUUAACUAUGUGCAUGUGAAAUUAUAUAUGUAUGUGGUGUGAAACUUAUAUUUCCCAGUACCAUACUACUUGUGCAUGUUCAGCACUAUGAUACAUCUUUUAUUUCUAGUUCAUAUAUUCCUCCUAUGUACUUGUGAUAUGUACGUGCUUUUGAUGUGAAUCACUUCUAUCCUUGUCCCAUUAUCUUUGUUCUGUGUUUUUCUUCUUUAAUAUAACUACUAGUUAUAUUUGUGAUCAUA